UGGCGCGGCGGGCAAACUGGUGGGACAGUGUCUCCAGGUGGUGGGGCCCAACCUCUUUUUUUUUUUUUUUUUUUUUAACCCAAAAUGCAAACGUGAGUAGGGCAUGAAAUACACAGUUUAAAUGCCCUCACUAUCUUUGGGUUACUAGUAUACUAAGCCUUUCUGGACUAAGUAAAGGAUGCAGAUUCAUGCGGCUAGGGGUAGAAGCCAGACUGGGGUCUUCAGAAUCUCCCACCAAGUCUGUACCUCUGGAGGAGUUCUGUGUUUCGAUUUGGUCAUCUCAAGAAGGAAACCACUCAAACUUUAGUGGAACGAUUAGAAGUCUUCAGAUGUUCACCUGUGGCCCUUCAACAUCUUUCUUUCCUGGAAAAAUCAAGUGUCUCUGCUUCAGUGUUCCAAGCCCCUCCCCCAGAACGUGUAGGAAGCUGGGUGGAGCCUAAAGCCGAGCCCUCAGCGUUGACCUCGGCUAAGAGGAGGAAGCCAGUGUUUUGAGAAAAGCUUCGUGAGUCUUCAGAUGGAUUUUAAAAUUGAACACACUUGGGAUGGUUUUCCAGUAAAGCACGAGCCGGUAUUUAUCAGGCUGAAUCCAGGUGACAGAGGAGUGAUGAUGGACAUUAGUGCUCCAUUUUUCAAUGAUCCUCCAGCCCCACUUGGAGAACCAGGAAAACCUUUCAAUCAACUGUGGGAUUAUGAAGUUGUGGAAGCAUUUUUCUUGAAUGAUAUAACUGAGCAGUAUUUAGAAGUUGAACUUUGUCCCCACGGACAGCAUUUAGUGCUUUUACUUUCUGGAAGAAGAAAUGUGUGGAAACAAGAACUUCCUUUAUCAUUCAGAGUGUCCAGAGGAGAGACAAAAUGGGAAGGCAAAGCUUAUCUCCCUUGGAAUUAUUUUCCACCAAAUGUGACAAAAUUCAAUUCAUUUGCAAUUCAUGGAUCAAAAGAUAAACGAAGUUAUGAAGCUCUUUACCCUGUACCUCAGCAUGAACUGCAACAAGGACAAAAACCUGAUUUCCAUCACCUAGAAUACUUCAGACCUUUCAAUUUUAACACGCUGCUUGGAGAAGAAUGGAAACAACCGGAAUCAGACCUGUGGCUAAUAGAGAAAUGUGAUAUAUAGGAGUGUAAUAGAUAACCAUACUGAUCAUUUUUCUCUAUGUCUUUUAAGAUAAACAAAAAAUAAAUAUCAAUUUUUUAAGAUGUCAUGCAUACAUUUCAACAACAAAUAUUUUCAUAGAAGUCACUGAAAAUAUCUGUGGCAAAUUGCAUAUGAUUAACAAGACAAUAGAUGAUUCUUUGUAGAUGUUUCAUCUGUAAAGUCACAGUGUUUUUCACAGUCACUUAGUCCAGGAUGUUACAUUCCCAGCACACAGUACAGUUAUUCUUGAGAACUACAAGUGAGAAAGGGGGACAAUUGAGUUUGUCCAAGGCCACUUAGAGCACUGUCCUGUACUACCUUGUGAUUCAGCUAUUUCAUUCCUAGAUAUACACCCCAGAAAAAUGACUGCUCAUAGAAGCUUUAUUCACAAUAGCACAAAACUGUAAACACUCAAAUUUCCAUCCAUAGGAAAAUGGAUAAACAAACUGCAAUAUAGUCAGCGGAAUACUGUUCAUUAAAAAAAGGACGCUGAUACAUGCAACAACCUGUAUGAAUCUCAAAAACAUUAAGUAGAGCAAAGCAAGCCAGACAUAACAUACUAUCUAAUUACUUUUACAUUAAGGCCACUUCUAGGCAAAACUAGCAUUUGAUGAUAGAUACCAGAGUAGUGGCUGCUUUGAGUGAGGGCAGGGAAUCCAAAUUGAAUGGAAAAGGAGCCUGAGGAAAUGUUCUGGGGUGAUUGAAAUGUUUUGUAUUUUGGUCUGGAUGAUGGUUAUGUAGUUGCAUACAUUUGUCAACAUGCCUCAUGCUGUAUGUUUAGAUUUGUGAUUUUAGUAUAUGUAAAUUAAUUCACUAAUAAAAUACUAUUAUAAAAUAAGCUAUAAAUUAAAUGGAAUUAACUUCAAGUUUA